GGCGCACGGAUUGUCCGCGAUGGAACUGCCUCCCGUUCUAUAUUGAUUCCACGAAGCGCCGUCCAAGAGGAAGAAGAAGAAGAAGAAGAAGAUUCUGAACGAAGCCCCCAAGAAAGCCUCCUUCCUAAGGUGAAGGAGACCGGGCAAUUGAUUCAAAUUCGUAAUAAAAUAGUUGAAUUCCUGUUCUCCUCCAACCCCAUCGAUCCCUCCCUCCCAAUACCUUUGAUCCGCGCUGUUGAUUUCCGAUCCAAAUCUUCGCUAGAAUCGAUCUAUUUGGCUUCGGAUCCUCCCGGUGAACGCGUUUCGAUUAUUAGGUCUACAUUAUUCAGUUUCACGCAAGUUUUCGGUUUAGUCUAAAGGGUUUGGCUUUGGCUUUCUGAUGUCGGCGUCGUAUUGUGGGUCAGAUUUAAUCAAUAUGGAUUUACGAGGGCAAUUGCUUGAAUUGAGGGGGGCUUGAUUGCUCGAUCCUUGUGCUCAGUUAAUCUGCUUUUGUUGAUGUAUCUUGUUAUUGUCAAAGAACAGGAUCGGCUUGUGAACGUACCGAACUCGUUUCCGGGUGUUCUCAGGCCAGUUUCUUUAAUAUUUGAACAGAUAACCUUCUCGUUUUGUAUCCCCAGAGAUAGAUGGGAUAAGGAGUUCUUCAAACUGCAGAGUGGAUAGGUAAAAAGUAACUGAUUUUAAAAGGUUUUGGUAGAAAGUUGGUGUGAGUUGUGGUAGUUCAGAUGGAUUCUUCGCAAGGAUCGGCUUUGUCCACAAAGGUCACUGGCUUUGUUGAUGGGUCAUCCGCACGUAAAGAAGUUUCUUAUCUUGAUAGCUUGCCUGUCUAUGCCAAGGAGCUAAUAGCUGGAGGUGCUGCUGGGGGAUUUGCAAAAUCCGCUGUGGCUCCCCUCGAACGGAUUAAGAUACUCUUGCAGACUAGAACUGAAGGAUUUCAUUCUUUGGGGGUCUACCAGUCAUUAAAGAAGUUACUAAAGCAUGAGGGUGUUUUAGGAUUCUAUAGGGGAAAUGGAGCCAGUGUCCUUCGCAUUGUUCCAUACGCAGCAUUACAUUUCAUGACAUAUGAGCAAUAUCGCACUUGGAUCUUGAAUAACUACUCUGCACUGGGUACGGGCCCUGUAAUAGACCUUCUAGCUGGUUCAGCAGCUGGAGGAACAGCAGUUCUGUGCACGUAUCCCUUAGAUUUGGCUCGUACUAAACUUGCUUACCAGGUUGUGGACACAAGAGGAGCUCUCAGGAAUGGUGCAAGAAGUUCUCAUGCACAGCCUGUGUACAAUGGCAUAAAACACGUACUAGGGAGUGUUUACAAAGAGGGAGGAGUACGAGGACUGUAUCGGGGAGUAGGUCCAACACUCAUUGGCAUUCUUCCUUAUGCUGGUUUAAAAUUUUACAUCUACGAGGAACUGAAGAGGCAUGUUCCUGAAGAACACCAAAAAUCCAUUUUGAUGCGUCUUUCUUGUGGAGCUUUAGCUGGUUUAUUUGGACAGACCUUCACAUAUCCCUUGGAUGUUGUUAGGAGGCAGAUGCAGGUUGAACACCUGCAACCUUCAGUUCAAGGUGGUGGUAGAUACAGGAACACAUUCCAUGCUCUUACAACUAUUGUUCGUAAUCAAGGAGGGGCACAAUUAUUUGCUGGGCUAAGCAUUAACUACAUUAAGAUCGUUCCUUCCGUUGCCAUUGGAUUCACGGCUUACGACACGAUGAAGGCGUGGCUUAACAUUCCGCCUCGACAGAAAUCAUCGGCGGCAUCAUCGUCGUAGUCGUCAUAAUCAUCAGCAGCUGCAUGCGCUGAGAUACAUGGGCAUGAACACAGCCGUAUAUGCAAAGCUCGUUCACAGUUGAAUCUCAUCUCUAGCGGAGACUAGGGAGCUGGUUAGCCAUGUUUUGUUUCGUAUUUGAUUCUCGUCUUUGGUACUUUCGACAUAGCAGAAUAAAAGUACUGGUACUGUUCUGUGUGGGCUAUGUUCUUAAAGAUCCGGCCUUUAAAUUUAAUGUUUCAACUGA